AACACCAUACACACUUCCACAGCAUCUACAUCCAAACUUCUUCCAUGGAGAAUUUCAAGAAGUCAUCCGGUGACCUGAUGUCGAGCGGCAAGUUGGUGGCGGAGUCCGCCAUGUCUGCGUUCCAGGAGAAGAGCGUGGAGAACGUGGACAAGAAGAAGGUCGCGGGCGCCUCUGCGGAGAUCCUGGACUCCGCCUCCGCCUACGCCAAGCUGGAGGACAAGCCGGUGGGGCAGUACAUGGAGAAGGCCGAGGUGUACCUGAAGCAGUACAGCGCCGGCGGCACCGAGGAGAAGCCUACCGACGCCGCGGCACCUCCAGCUGCUGCCGUCGAUGCGCCGCCGAAGCCGGAAGCGGAGGAGGAGGCGCCCAAGGAGCCUGCACCGAAGCCUGAAGCGGAGGAGAGCGGCGGCGGUCUGUUCAAGAUGGCUCAGGGCUUCAUGAAGUAGAUCUUGCGAUUAUGCAUGUGUAGCUCGUACGUGCUAAAGUCUGUGUGCUGCUUUGCUUAUCUAUUUACUGUUGUGGCUGUGUGCUUGAUUAUGUUAACCGCUGAUAUUUGCUUUUGUAAAAGUACUUACUCCUACAUACAGUCUGUAUAAUAAAUCAUCCAAUUGUGUGCUAG